UUGCUGUAACCAUUCUCCGGGAUACGUCGAACGAUCCACACCGGACUUGCGUACAACCGAGUGGAUCUGUGAAGGAGAGAAGCAUACUGAGCCGUCGGGCAGACACACGUUCACUCCCGCCGGCGAAUAGUACGAAGUCCCACAUCCGCUUUGCUGUCCGUGGUAGCACGGCCUGCUCUCUCAGAUAGCAAGGAUGGUUCGUUUAUCCGCCGUCGUUGUAGCUGCGUUAUGUGCCUAUGCCGUCAAGGCCGAUAUCCUGACAGGCAUACCGGAUGCGGCGCCUCCGGGUUAUGAGGAGUGGAUGUCCCCCAUCGUUGUUCCUGCUAAGACUGUUACUGGAGAUGGUCCUUGGGCUUCGGCUGUGGCUCGUGCGCGAGAGUUUGUGGGUAAUCUCACCCUCCAGGAGAAGGUCAACCUGACCACUGGUGCGGGCGCAAACGGUCGCUGCGUUGGGAUGACUGGGACGAUCCCUCGCCUGAACUUCACUGCAUUCUGCUUGGAAGACUCUCCUCUUGGUGUUCGUUUCACCGACUUUGCCAGCGCUUUUCCAGCAGGAAUUAACGUCGCAAUGACUUGGGACAAGCAGAUGAUGUACGACCGUGGGUACGCCAUGGGUCAGGAGCACUACGGCAAGGGUGUGAACAUGGCCCUCGGUCCUAUGACCAACAUGGGCCGUGUCCAAGCCGGCGGUCGGAAUUGGGAAGGUUUUGGUGCUGACCCAUACCUCUCUGGCUGGGGGGCCUACCAGACCGUCCAAGGCAUUCAAGCCGCCGGAGUGAUCGCCACGGUCAAACACUACAUCGGGAACGAGCAAGAGCACUACCGCGGUGGUGGGGGCGCGUACCAAGUGUACAGUUCCAACAUCGAUGACCGGACGAUGCACGAGAUCUACGCCUGGCCUUUCGCUGAGGCCGUCCGUGCCGGUGUGGGCAGCGUCAUGUGCUCAUACAACAAGAUCAACCAGACCCAGGCAUGCCAGAACUCCAAGACUCUCAACGGAAUCCUCAAGGAGGAACUUGACUUCCAAGGAUUUGUCAUGUCUGACUGGACGGCUAUUAUUAGCGGUGCGGACUCGGUGCUCGCAGGAUGCGAUAUGAACAUGCCUGGGUUCAUGUCCUACAGCGACCCGGAGGAGUACAACCCCGAUACGGAGGUGUACAGCUACUGGGGAUCCAACCUAAUCCAGAUGGUUUAUAACGGCUCCGUCCCCAAGUCCAGGGUAGACGAUAUGGUCACCCGCAUCAUGGCGGCAUACUAUCAGAUGGGGCAGGACAAGAACUACCCUGCGUUGAACUUUGACCAGCAGACGGAGAACACGUACGUUAACGGGCAGCUCGUGAACGAGCACGUGAACGUCAUGUCCACCCAUGGGCAGACGAUCCGCGAGAUCGGGGCUGCGUCGACCGUCGUGCUCAAGAACACGGGUGUCCUUCCUGUGGACGUGACAAAGUACAAGCGCUAUGGGAUCUUCGGAAGUGAUGCGGCUCCGAACCCGGAUGGACCUAAUGGGUGCUCGGAUAGGGGAUGUGAUCAGGGCACGCUGGCGAUGGGCUGGGGCUCUGGAACGGCUAAUUUCCCGUACCUCAUUGACCCUCUCGCGGCUAUCACGAGCUUCGUAUACAGCCAGGAGCCUGACACUGUCCUCGAGGGUAUACUGAACGACUACAACUACGCUGCGAUCAAUACCGUCGCCGCGCAGGCCGAUAUCUGCUUAGUGUUUGCUAAUGCGGAUUCGGGUGAGGGGUAUAUCACUGUUGACAACAACGCCGGUGACCGGAACAACCUCACUCUCUGGCAUGGCGGGGAGGCGCUUAUCAAUGCCUCGACGACCUACUGCAACAACACCAUCGUCGUCCUUCACACCGUCGGCGCUGUGACGAUGGAGUCGUGGAUCGAUAAUGAGAACGUGACUGCGGUGCUGUACUCCGCCCUUCCCGGCCAAGAGUCUGGCAACUCCCUCGUGGACGUCCUGUUCGGCGCUGUGACCCCCUCUGGCAAGCUACCAUACACGAUCGCGAAGCAGCGGUCGGACUACCCGGCAGACGUGGUGUACUCUUCCGACCAGACCACACCCCAAAUCACCUACUCCGAAGCGCUCAAGAUCGACUACCGCUGGUUUGAUUCGCUCAACAUCACACCUCGCUUCGAGUUCGGCUUCGGCUUAUCGUACACGACGUUCACGUAUUCUGAUCUUGAGAUCUGGCCUGUGGGGCUCUAUAGCUCUUAUCCAUAUGCGACGAACGCGUCUCUCGCUCCUUCGCCUGGUGGAGCUCAAGACCUCUUCUACACGGCUUAUGGCGUCUCGUUCCACGUGACAAACACGGGCGCUCGGGACGGAGCAGAGGUGUCCCAGCUGUACUUAGGCUUCCCGCCCAGCGCAGGCGAGCCGCCCAAGGUGCUGCGCGGGUUUGAGAAGACGACGAUCAAGAGCCAGAACACUGCUGUUGUUGUGCUCGGGUUGUUGAAACACGAUAUCAGUAUUUGGGAUGUUGUUAGCCAGAGUUGGCAGGUGCCGAGUGGGAAGUUUACGGUGAUGAUUGGGAGUUCUAGUAGGGAUAUUAGGUUGACUGGGACAUUUACUGUUUGAGCAGUGAGAAGUGGAUUGGGUGAUUCAUGCACGGGAUCAAUGAGAGCGCGGUUGUCCGAG